UGUGUGUCUGCCGGCCUGUAUGUGUGUGUGUCUGUCUAUGUCUGUGUUUCUGUGUGUGUGUGUGUGUGUGUGCCCUGUGAUGUGGUGGCAUCCUGGCCAGAGUGAACCAGAGCCUGCGUAGAAUCAAGAUGCUGUAAAACUCCCGGGGUUGAUGACAAAAGCAAGGCUGGUUAAACAAAUAACAGCCACCUCCACCUGAAUUAAAUAAAUGCAAAAAACAAAACAAAAAAUCGAAAUCAAUGGCCUUCUCAAAUUUGUCUGAAUUUCUUCAUUUGCAUGAUCCUUCUUUAUCUUCUUUAUCUGCAUGAUCCUACACAAAUAUUGUUUUGAAUUGUGAACAAUUUUUAGUUAAAAAUUCUUGGAUUUUUUUCUGAAUUGAAUAAUGCAACCAAGUCCCUAAUAUUUAUUUAAUAUCUAUGGAAGCCUGUUUCUGCCACCGAGGAAAAAAAUUUCGAGAUAAUAAGUUGAAAUUUCGAGAUAAUAUCUCGAAAUAACGAGAUAACUAAGUCGAAAUUUCGACUUAAAUUUUAUAUAAUUUUUUUCCCCGGUAGCGGAAACGGGCUUCCAUAAAUAUCCCCAUUAUCCUGAAUAAGUGUGGUUUUCAUUGUCAUUUUUUAAAUUAAUUUCUUCAUUCCAAACAGUGUUACUCACACUGAAAAUGGAUGUAAAUCCUGUUAUUUGUAUUUGCUUAGCCACGUCUUCCAGCCCAGAAAUUUUUGAAUGUUUCGCCCCAGAUUUGCCUGCGCCGGGAAGCUUAUACUGUAUUUGGGUCUCUGCUCGACCAUGUCACCCUGUUUCUUGUGGCGACGAAUCUCAGUAGGGGAUAGGGUCCCAAACGCUGGAUCGCCGAGUCACCAUGAAGGUCGCCUUCGCUCCCGUCCUUGUUAUGGGUCUCUGCAUUACAGCCUCUUGCCUCGCCGCGGAAAAUGUCUUCAUCAGUAACAAGUUGCAUUGGCAGAAGGCCUUGAGCUACUGCCAAACUCACUACAGAGACCUAUCCUACGUUAGGAGCGAUGCUGAAGUGACUCAGCUUUUAAAUGUAAUGAACACUAAACAGAUGAGCUGGAUUGGGCUGAGUCGGCAUGGCUCGUCGUGGCAAUGGACAAACGGUGCACCAUUAACUUAUCAUAAUUGGGCACCAGGUCAGCCUCAUCAUGAUCACAACUGUGUAUCAACUGCAUCGGGCCUGUGGUACACUAAUGAUUGCAAUGCAAAUCAACCGUUUUACUGUGCUUGGAACACGAUGGUCGUGGUGGAGAACCCCAUGGCGUGGGAAGAAGCUCUGGAAUACUGCAGGAAUCACUACCAGGACCUGGUGAGCCUGGCGUCGAAGAUGGAGCUGACACUGGCCCUGCAGAAAGCCAGAAAUGUCCAGGGGAUGCAUUUCUGGACGGGCCUCCGCUUUCUGGACGACAGCUGGCUGUGGGUCGAUGGAGAGCCGCUGACGAAUGGAAGCUGGUCUGCAGAUCCGCUCCCCAAGUGCCCGGCGGAGCCUUUCCGCUGUGGGGCCCUGAGCACCACCACCGGCUCUCAGGAAGUCCGGUCCUGUGAGGAGCAGCUGAGCUACAUCUGCUACGUCGAGUGAUCCUACCCCAGGAGAGGAGAAACGUUACAUCUGAUAGAUGUUUAAUUCUUUUUCUGAUGCUCUUCUUCAGUAACUUGGACAUGAGUGAAGUGUAAAGCUAUGGAACUGAAUUUUUUUUAGCCUAACUGAGGUUAGAUACUGAGGUGAAUAGGGUCGUUUGGGCAGGGGAACAUCCCAAUGUUUUUGAUUUUGUGUUCUCCUGCAGUUCUGACCAAAAUGAUGCAGUAAUUUUGAGCAAGACAAUGAUCCAUGUAUAUGUUAAAUGUCUGGUUGCAUGUGUAAACAAAUUUGCAGAUUGAUGAUACCAUUGAAUUAUUGAUUAUUGGUUAUAUUAUUUGUGAUGGGUUAUGUUUGAUGUAUGUAUCUUUUUUAUCUUUUAUUAAAAGUUGUUUUAAAAACAUGAUCAUCUUAUCUGAGCAUCAUUUCACCCAGUAAGGUGGCCUGUGUUACUGAACCAAUGGCAGAAUU